UGUCAAUGUCAAACUACGUGUGGUAAAAAUAUAACGUAGUGAUUGUAUAUUGUAUAUUCUAAAGGUAUAAAUACAAGAAAAACAGGCUGACUCUAUCAAUUAUCGAUAUACCUAAUAUUUCGUUUUAAUAUUAACAAAAAAAUAGUUCAUCUAAGAGUAUAUAGUAAUUGUAUAUAUGUAACAUGUCUAAUCAAAACAAGUAUGGGCUUAUAGUACGUGAUCAAAAAUCUAAACUAAAUUUCGAAGCUACUCGUAAUGUUUUUGGUAGCGAUGGAGAUUCCGAUGAUGAGAGAGGAACGAAACCAGUUCUAUUGAAGCUAAGUGCUAACAUUAACAGACAGUCCAAAGUUGCACAAGAAAAAGCUAUAACAGAAGAUCCUACAGUUUAUCAAUAUGAUGAAAUAUAUGAUUCAAUGUCUAAAGAAAAACUUACCAAAAAAAAAAAAACACAAGAUGAAAAAAAGCCGAGGUACAUAGAGAAUUUACUUAAGACUGCUAACAAAAGGAAAUUAGAAAAUGAAAGACGUAUAGAACGCCAGAUUCAGAAAGAGAGAGAAAAGGAAGGUGAUGAAUUUGCAGACAAAGAAGUAUUUGUUACAUCAGCUUAUAAGAAGAAGUUGGAAGAAUUAAGAUUAGAAGAAGAAAAAGAAAAAUAUGAAGAUUUUUUGGAAAGUGUGGGUGAUGUUACUAAGCAGGGAGAUUUAGGUGGAUUUUAUAGACAUUUGUAUGAGCAAAAAUUGGGAAGUACAAAAUUAGAUGACAGUGAAAAUAAUACUAAGGGGGAUAAAAACGAAAUGCAAGAAGCUGUUACUGAGAAAACAGAAAGCAAGACGUCUGAGCCAGUCAGUAAGUUACAACAAGGAAAGCAAAGAAAUUACAGAAAAAGGAAAGUUUCAAAUGAUAUAAAAUUAUCUGAAGGAGAAAUUGAAGACUCUGGUGAUGAAAUAAAGUUCUCAAAUUUAGAUGAUAUCAGAACAUUUAAGAGAUCCAAAGCUAUAAACGAGAAUAUUGAUGCAGAUUCAGAUUUUUCUAUUGAUGAGUCUAGUGAUGAGGAGCCUAGUCAUAAAAAAGAUGACAUUGUUGUGGAGGUCACAAACAUUGAGAAACCGAAGACAAAAGAAAAUGAUUCAAACAGCCCUAAGGUAGAAGUUUUACCUGUUGAAAAGAAAGAAUUAGAAAAACCGAAAAUUAAAAUUGAUAUCUGGAAGAAAAGAACAGUGGGAGAGGUGUUUGAAGAAGCUCUGAGAAGAUAUUAUGAGAGGAAAGCUUCUAGGGGCAUUUAAUAGGUAGUUAUAUAUACGAAAAUUAAAUGUUAUUUUAGCAUAUA